UGAAUAUUAUCGGAUACUCAGUCAAUCAGUUAUGAACUUUAUCUCACUAAAGAAAUAAAUAUAGUAUGGUUAUGAUGUAUGUAAAGGAAACUGCUAAAAGUGCCAUCAUCGACGUUAAUCUUUGGAUAUAUUCUGCACAUGAAAGGUCGAAAAUAAACCGGACGGAGUUCAAUCAGCGUUCAAGUCUGGUGGCAAAAUCCAUGUGAAAUUUCUACGAUCAAAAUACUGCAUCAUUGCGAAUUUUCUUCGAUUAGUGGUGUCUUCACAGUGUCUGGUAAAUUAUAAAUAGAGUAAAUCGCCAUAAGACGUUUGUUCUGUGAUUAUUAUGGACUAAGGAAAAUGGGAAUGAAUAAAGGUGGCUGGAAAUUUGAUGAACAAGAGAAAGCUCUCUACAUCGACAUUGACGCAGAUGAUGCAACAAGGGAAGACGAAGUAUACGGUGCUUGGGAUCAAGUGCCGGACAUUAUUUUGGAAGAGAUAUUCUCACAUUUAACAACCCGAGAACGUUACUAUGCCUCAUUGGUCUGUAAAAGCUGGUACAGAGCCUUCAAAUUACCAAAUGUAUGGGCUAAAUUCACGUUGGAGGACAUGACACUCACCAGAGGAAAAUAUAAUUACUACAGUGGAUGGCAGUAUGUUCUGGAUCACAUAAGAACGUCGACAUGUCUGAAUAAAGUUGGAAGGAAUUUUAGAUCACUCACUUUUGAACCGAUGUAUAAUUUUUAUAAUCUUUAUGAGUUCAUGAAUAUGAUUUCUUGGUACAUCGAGAACCAACACUCGAAUGAUCCAUCGUUGGCUGGGGUUGGUACUCAAAUUCGGCAUUUGAAAUUUACAUUUCCUUGCAAUAUGGCUAAUAGCAACGAUCCAGAGCAAAUUAAAAUAUUUGGAACUGGGGGAAAGCUCCUGGAAGCUGUUAAGAGACUUGCACAGAACCUGAAGUGUCUAAGAUACUUAGAAUUCAUUGAUUUGAUGCUGGAUAGCCGGGAAGCUUUGUAUUUUUUGGAUGAAAUUUGUACCAAUUGUACGGAAACACUGAGAAAAUUGGUACUCAUCAAUGCUACCAAGUUUCAUUGUCCUCUCUUGCAUGUUGGAGUUUUCAUCAAUUUACAGGUUUUAGUUGUCAGCCCGCAGAAUCUGGAUGAAGAUGUUUUGGAGCUCAUUAGCCAUACAAAAUUGGAACAUUUUCAUAUUUUACAAAACCGCUACAGUCCAGCAGAUUCUGUUAUCAAAUUGCCUAGAAAUGAAGCAUGGGUGAAGGUCAGGAAGAACAACAAAAAAUUACAGGUUCAUAUUGAAGUCGAAAGUAAAAAGCCAGACAUGAUUUUACCCCUAGAAUUUCCAGAGCACAGUGCAAUCCCCUGUCACAGUAUCAUAAUAACAAAUGCUGUAAUGCAACUGCCAAAAGAAACGAUAAUGGCUCACGCAGUCAAUUUUCGAUCUACGUUGACAACAUAUGCAAUAAAAGGAUUAUCGAAGUAUUACCUAUCGAGGAAGUUUGCUGAUCGAAUGGAUACAUAUCUCGUCCAACUCUGCAGAACUUGUCCGCAUAUAAGUACACUGAUGAUUAGAGACAAGAUAUCAACAGCAACAAUCCUUGGAAUAGUAUCAGAGGCCAAAUCCUUGAAGUAUUUGUAUGUUCGUCGAAACGUCGUGCUAAAAAAGUUCGAUAAGGACUGGUCAAUCUACGGCGACUGGUCGAAGCAACACGAAAAUUGGAUUAAAUCAAAUUGUCAUAGCUAUGAAGACACAGAACGAGAAGUAUCAAGGAUCUUAGGAUACAGGUGGCAUAUGUUGUCUGAAAAAGAAUUCAUCAAUCAAACCAUCAAUUUGCAUUACUAACAACAGGAGAAUAACGUGACUCUGUACUUCUUGAAUAUACUUAUUCUGGAUUUUUUUAUUUCAGUUCAAUUAUUGUAUUUAAUUUACAACCAUUACGUAAUGUAAUAAAGUUUAUAAUUUUCAGUAUUCCCACAAAAUAAAUACCCACGUUUAAAAUUCAACAGCUAAGCUAUAUCUAGUGUAAAACCUUCUGAUAAAUUGGCUUAUCUCAUAUUUUUUCACGGCGUCGAAACCAGAAUUUACAACGAUUUUGUCAAUGUUAUUUUUUAUAUCAUCGCUCGUCAUCCCAUAAAUAUUUCACCUGACUGCAAAAAAAGCAAUCGAUCAAAAAAAAUUGAAAUAGACAAUUUAUCCAUGAAAAUAUACAUUAUAUACACUUGAACUAUUUUGCGACCAGCGAAAAAUAUUUUACAAUUUUUUUAGUCAAAACCAAUAGUUACAUCGUGCAAUGUAUUGUAACAUGGUGCUUAUUGAUAAUUAAUAAAUGGUGUAAUGAAUGAAUAUCAGAUUUAAAUAAAAUAAUAUCAAGGAAAGAGUGAUUCAA